CGUCUCUUCCAUUUCUUCAACCUCUCCCCUCCAUCUCCUCUGUUUCAUAUCAAUGGCGGUUGACCUAAUGAGUUACAGAAACGACAGAUUUGCAUCAAAACUCGAAGAAAAUGCCGCACAAGAAGCGGCGGCUGCCGGAUUUCAAAGCGUCGAGAAGCUAAUCAGAAUGUUAUCUCAUCAAACAAAUCAACAACAGACCCAGUUAACCGAUUACACAUCCGUCGCUGAUGUCGCCGUUAACAAGUUCAAAAAGUUCAUCUCUGUUCUCGAUCGGAACAGGUCCGGCCACGCAAGAUUCCGACGAGGACCCGUCUCUCCUAACCCUAUUAAGAAACAACCUGAACUAAUCAAGACCGUCGAACAUAACCCAAUAACUCUUGACGAUCAUAAACAAGUAUCUGUUCCUAGAAUCUUUUCCCCAAAUCCAAUCCAGCAACGAUUACCUCCUCUACCUCAGCGAAAAGAAUCCACCACCACAAUCAAUUUUGCAGCGGCGUCGCCGCCUGUGUCGGCGGCGAGUUCUUUCAUAUCUUCAUUGACCGCCGGCGAUACAGAAAACAGCCUACAACAGUCUAUGUCAUCUGGUUUCCAGAUCACAAAUCUCUCUCAGGUAUCCUCUGUAGGACGUCCUCCCUUGUCGACGGCGUCACUGAAAAGGAAGUGUAGCUCUAUGGAUGAUCUUGCCGGAAAGUGCGCUGCCUCUUCCGGACGUUGCCACUGUUCUAAGAAAAGGAAAUCGAAGACUAAAAGAGUGGUGAAAGUCCCGGCAAUAAGCAUGAAAAUGGCGGAUAUUCCUCCAGAUGAUUACUCGUGGAGGAAAUACGGUCAAAAACCGAUCAAAGGGUCUCCUCAUCCAAGGGGAUAUUACAAGUGUAGCAGUGUGAGGGGAUGUCCGGCGAGGAAACAUGUAGAGAGAGCUUUGGACGAGCCGUCGAUGUUGAUCGUCACGUACGAGGGCGACCACAGCCACUCAAACGUCGCUAACGCCGCCGCAGCACUUGUUCUUGAAUCUUCUUAAUUGUUCAUUUUUAGAGAGAGAAACGUUUUCCGGUGACCGGAACAGAAGGAUCGUCACCGGCAGGAUAGGUGGCGAUGCUGACUGACGGAAGCCGUAGAUUGCCGGCCGGCCUUGUGAAAUCAGACAGGACGUCAUCAUCCAAACAAAACCCUUUGACCGGGGUCCAUUUUCUUAUUAUUAUUAUUGUUUACUUUAAUUAGUUUAUUAAUUAAUUCCACUAAAAAAAGCAUAACAACUUGUGAAUGGAAUGAAUUAUUAUUAUUAGUUUAAUGUAAAAGAUAAUUUCCAUUCACUUUCA